CUCAUUGUUAUUUUAAUCAAAUAAAAACGUUAUACUUCCGGAUAUAUUCCCCUAUUCCAAUUCCUUAUUCCCUCAACUGAGAGAGAAAACCGGAGAAAGACUAAACUCAACCGCGGUUAGAACUAUAACUAUAGUUAAUCGACCAUGGUCAAGAGAAUAACGACAUGACUAAACAAAUGAACCGUCCAGAUUGAUUCUCAGAACAAAAUUCAACGGCUCAUACAACGGAGAUUAAGCUCUAUUUCUUUUUCUUUUCUUUUUUUUUUGGCCCUUUUCAUACAAAAUUAACAAACGCACAAAUCGUUCUCCUUAGAGAUCCGAUUAACUCUAAAAAAAAAAAAAAAAAGGGUUGGGGUUCCGAUUGAGAUGGAGAUGGAUUAUGUUACAGAGUUUCCUCACAUUCGCAUGGAUCGCCGACCCAGGAAGAGGCCUAGAUUAGCUUGGGAUUUCAAUCAACCUCAUAAAAAGGCUCAGUCAGGAAUGUGUAAUGGGCAAGAUGUUGGAAACGUGACGAGCUUUGGGCCUUCGAGGGCACUCCCAGAUCAUGCUAGUCUUUUCGAAAAGGGAUUGGCUCAAAAAGUCUCUCCCCUAUGGCGAGAUGAUGACAAAGAUGGGCAUUACAUGUUUGCACUUGGAGAGAAUUUAACUUCUCGCUACAAGAUCUACCGAAAAGUUGGUGAAGGCACCUUUGGUCAGGUUCUGGAGUGCUGGGACAGGGAAACUAAAGAGAUGGUUGCUAUAAAGGUUGUUCGAAGUAUCAAGAAAUACCAGGAAGCAGCAAUGAUGGAACUUGAGGUGCUUCAAUUGCUUGGUAAAUAUGACAGAAACGGCAGCCGCUGUGUUAAAUUACGGAACUGGUUUGACUAUCGCAAUCAUAUCUGCAUUGUAUUUGAGAUGCUUGGACCAAGCUUAUACGAUUUUCUUCAAAAAAAUAAUUAUUGCCCCUUUCCGGUUGACCUUGUCUGGGAACUUGGCAGACAAUUAUUGGAAUGUGUAGCAUUUUUGCAUGAUUUGUGCCUUAUUCAUACUGACUUGAAGCCUGAGAAUAUACUCUUUGUUUCUUCAGAAUAUGUGAAAAUACCUGACAAGGUUACAUCCCAUUCACCAAUAGAGGGAACUUGCUACAGGAGGUUGCCAAAAUCAAGUGCCAUCAAGGUAAUUGAUUUUGGUAGUACAGCUUAUGAACAUCAAGAUCACAACUACAUUGUCUCCACGAGGCACUAUCGAGCACCUGAGGUUAUUCUUGGAUUAGGAUGGAGUUACCCAUGUGACAUAUGGAGUGUUGGUUGCAUCUUGGUGGAACUGUGCUCAGGAGAAGCUUUGUUUCAAACACAUGAGAACCUGGAGCACCUGGCAAUGAUGGAGAGGGUUUUGGGUCCAUUGCCCCAUCACAUGUUGAAAAGAGUGGACCGGCAUGCUGAGAAGUAUGUCAAAAAGGGUAGACUGGAUUGGCCAGAGGGUGCCACCUCUAGGGAGAGCAUUAAAGCUGUUCUGAAGUUGCCUCGUCUUCAGAAUCUGGUGAUGCAGCAUGUAGAUCACUCUGCAGGGGAUCUGAUUGACCUGUUGCAGGGUCUUCUUAGAUUUGAUCCUUGCAGUCGAUUAACAGCUCGGCAAGCCCUCAGGAUUAGGCAACACUGGUAUGUGGUUGGUGAUGAAUUCUGUUUGGCUCUUAAUAGAGAGUAAAAGGCCGACAAGGAAUAGGAUUCUCGUGUUUCUGUAGGAUUUUUUUUUUCUUUUGUAAAUUAGCUAUUGUUAGGAAAGGCUUUCUCCUCUGAUUCUUUUACCCUGGAAAUGUGAUGUAGAAGUUUCUGUCCAAGAAUCAGAAGGUUUACAUA